AUGAUCAACUUCAAAAAUACUAAAUAUACUUGGAGUUCAAGAGAUAUUCAGCUAACGCACAGCGAUUGGCAUAACCCACAGCGGCCUGACCAGUAUGGUGAUAAAAAUCCCAUUGAUUACUUUGAUUGCAUGUUUGACGACGUGGUUUUGAAUAUUCUUGUGGAAUUUACUAACUUAUAUGCUACAAAGAAGAAUAAAGAAGGUAACGUGACAGCAACAGAGAUGAAAUGUUUUUCGGGAAUACUGUUGUAUAGUGGAUACGUGGUUGUUCCUAGACGAAGUAUGUACUGGGAAAAUGCUCCAGUCUGCAGUGUACCAUUUGUCUAA